CGCCAUGUGCUACGCUCGUUGUACCGGUCAAAGUCUUGGUCUGAUGCGAGUUUCUGGCUGGCAGCAUGUUGCGGAUGUGCUGUUUGUGGGUCGGAUUCUGUAAAAAUAUUGGUGCGUCUGGGAUGUGCUCGUGGACUGGGCAGUUGGAUCUGCCAUGAAUACGCGGGCUGUCAUUGUUUCUUUGUUUUUAUUUCAAUUUUGCUUUCUUUUUUGCUUUGA